AUGGACUGUGGUGUAAAUUCUUCUCAUGGCUGUUUAGAGAUUUCCGAUAAAGAGGCAGCAGUUAGGUGCAUUGUUUUGAAUGAAACAUCUCAAGGCUUAAUUAAGGAAACGGUGUCCUGCAUCGAAGCAGAAAUCGCUCUACUCAGAAAGGAGGUUGGUACAUGCUCGCUUUGUGAUUCCAAACAGACUGAACCGCCGGAUAGUGACAAAGUGACUGAUGCAUCAUAUAUGAAUGCAAAAUCGAAUUACGUAAACAGGCCAUUUUUCCGCACAGAGGGAAACGACUGUCCACCAAUGAAUGUGGAUACGCAAACCCGUUUGAGGCUGAAGGAGACGAAUGUUGCUGAUGAUCUCAAUGCAACACUUCAUAAACUAACUCAAUCUGAGACCAUAAAACUUCUUCUCGCCUUAGUGGAUUGCUAUCGAAUAUCCCUCCAGCGAAAACUUAAUGAACAGGUUGAAAUUCUUACAGAAUCGCUCACCCACUUGGACAAGAGUUUUUCGGAACGUGAACAGAUUUUUCUGAAAUUGCAAUCUGCUGAAAAAAGGCUAAACCACUCCAAAAGUAUUCUUCCUACUGCGCUACCUAAGGAGAUUGUGACUUGCAUUGCUUCACUUUCAAAUACAAUUAACGAGUCGGUGUAUUGGUACAACAAGUUUGACAAAUUCGCCAAAUCGAAACAGUCUGGUGCCAAGGACUCAAGCAUUUCAAUGACCGAAUGGAUUUCAAUUUUAAAUAACGCUCACAAUGUUCUUACAGAUAACGAUUGGAACUAUAUCUCUGUGCAUGUUUUAAAAAGCGUAAAGUCGGCAAAGUUCUGUCGUUUAUACUGGCUCCAUAGACUACGUCCGGAACUAGGACGUGGACUUUGGUCAUCCGAUGAACUGGCUGCUUUAGAACGUGCUGUGGGAGAACUUGGUCCUUAUGGACAAUGGCAGCAGAUAUCUGAACGUUUGAGUUCUGGGCGGACCGCUUUUUCUUGCUUCAAGGCUUGGCAUAAGCACCUCAAUCCCCAACACCCCUCCCGAGCACCUUGGAGUCCUGAUGAAGACGAGUCUUUGGACUUGAUUGUCGACGACGAGCUUUUCCACGAGUGCAAGGCGAUAAGUUUAGUAGACUGGGGAGUGGUGAGUGCGCGCAUACAGACACGUUCAGCCAUUGCCUGUCAGCGGCGGUAUUACGAACUUCACCAGCUUACUCGCUCCUCACCGAAAGCGCCUUUCUCUCCUGAAGAGGAUCUUGCCCUUUUGAUAGCUAUUCAACGUCUUGGCACCGGUGGCGGCCUCUACGGCUGGGGUAACGCCGGCGAAAACCCUGGCACCCUUGGCACCUGGUCUGUCAUCGCUGCUGAGCUACCGGGUGGACGUCGCACUGCUAAAGAAUGUGAGCUGCGUCAUAACGAACUAUGCGAGAAGUUUCAACCCUGGACCUACGCAGAAACGAGGCGCCUUUUUCAGUUUAGUUCCCGAGUCUCGGAAACCACGAACAAUGAGACCGGUCCAUUUAUUGCCGUCAACAUCCUUCCUUACUUCCCUGGCCGUGCGAUGUCUGCCCUGCUGAACCGAUUACGGAGCUGCAGGACCCUAGCUAGCGUAUUGAAACGCUUGCGGAGGUUCCCCAAUCAAAAUGUUCUUGUGGACGACUUUUUCUCCUCCACCGACUUCGAGCCUCUCCGACCACAUCUGUUUGAUUCGCAAUCCAUUUUUGGCGAAUGGAUAAGAGAGCUACGACAACUGGGUGUUUUGAGUCCGGAGGGUUACGCGUUUUCAAGGCUUCUAGCAUGGAGGCCUCGGAAGCCCUACGAAGCACCAGAAGGGCAAAGGCACAGCUUCAAGGUGGAAAUGAAUUACGAGUUUAACCAGCUCCUGCUUGACUUGGAAGAGGGGCUUCUUUUGCCGUCCAAGUCUGAGUUGUCCACCACGAAUUCAGGUAUCAGCGCUGCUGACAUCUCAACGCAGCCCUCAUCGUCAUCGGGCGAGCAGCUGAAUGUCCUUGGUGUUGCUAGACUCAUAAAUAGUUAUCAGCUUAAGCCGGCUUUGUUUGCUCUCCUGUCCUCGGAAAUAGCGCGUCGAAUGAACCAGCCUAUUCCAGAUGUUCCCAGUCUCGACCAGGAUAGAGGAGAUGGAAAGAGAAAAAUCAAACCAUUGACGCAUAACAUUAAUGAAGAUGCAUCAGCAAGCGUACAAGAGAUUGGGGAAAGGCUGCUGAAGGAUCGCAACUUCUUUACCAGGGUAUUUGAGCGCGUGCUCAGCAGCAACGAUACGGCCUCUCAGGCCUAUAGCAGUCAUAACCCCCGUGUCUUGGACUUGAUGGCUCCUGAAUUAGCCAGCGAUAUGCUGUUUUUCGCUCAACAAUGCGACGGGGAUAAUUCGCUGGACCCUUCCAAAUCACGAUCACAUGAGUCCAAGCAUGUUAUCAAAAGUAUUCCACGUGCCAAACUUCAACGUAUCCUGCAGAUUCGGCAGAUCCUGCUCAGAUGCCGGGUGCCGUCCAUCAGAUCGGGUUCACUCAAAACUCCUUGGGCGAUGCCAUUCACUGAGGUCAGACGCACUGACCACAACCAAGGCGGCAUCCCAUUUUUCGCCCAACUACCAGACCCUCUUCAGAAGCAACUCGGUGAUUUCUCCAAUUGGGUGACAGAUACUGUUAUUACCUUUGUCUCCAAGCGUCUAGGUGUUUCCUGUUCAUCAGUGGAGGGGAGGCGGAACGGUCCCCACAUCCGUCUGGACAGAGGUGACCUCAGCAUCAAAUUGCUGCCACCUAACCUUGCCACAAUUUCGGCUCUUAAAGUGCUAUUAAUGAAACUCCCUGAACUGCAAAAGACGGCUGGGGGGAACGCAUUGCGUGUUCUUCGUAGCAGGGUCAACUGUAACUUUUUCGACCGCUCAUCUGCGGGGAGUGUGGCGAUUCCGUCCGAUGCGCAACUCGACCCCGUCAUUCGGGAUCAACCUGAUGUGGCGGCCCUGUUGUCGAGUUCGAAGCAUCGCAUCUUCGUGCUUCGGUGUUUGGCUCUCUUCCUCUGGCCCUGCCUCCUCGCCAACAUGCGUGCCCGCGACUUUGUGGACCGCUCGCUCGCCAUACUCUGGGAGCAAUCCCGCAAGCUGGUUAAGGUGGGAAGUGCAGCAAAGAGGCUGCGGCCUCCCGCCAACACCACGUCUUCGAAACGCGACCUCAAGAAAAACGAUUUGGAUGUCGGAGUGCCUCCGCGCAAACGCUAUUUACGGGCGGAAAGGCUCUGGAGUCAUAGCAAAUUCCCGGAUUCGUGGAUGCAUUUCACCGUCGACUGUGAUGCCAGCUUGAAUGUCUACUGCGAGCUACCGGCAACUGUGGAGGAUCUCCUUCGAACUGGAUUUGUACCCAGUGGUUUCUGUGCCUAA